AUGAAAGAUGCUGGGUCUGGUAAUCCACCAGCGGAACUCCUGACUGCGUUGCAGGACCGCCAAAAAGCCUGGGCGGAUCUGAACUGGAAGAGUGUCGGAUUUGUGAAAGCGAACCGCCAAUUUAACGCCUAUGAUUGCGUCGGGGGUCUAUUUUCCCAAACGCAUGGGCGCAAUUUCUCCAUGUUCUGUCUUCCAUCUGCUACUAGAACAGGAGCUCAUACCACCACACCAUUGGCGUUUCCGGUCCGCAAUUUCAUCCUUGACGUAGCAGAGGAUCUGGUGGUCUUUUUGCACGAAGAAGAACUACCCAGCGGCUUCCGUCGUGGCAACCUUUAUUGCCGCUCCACCUCCACAAACGAGCAACACCCUGCCUGUUCAUCAGCAAGCACCUUGUCCUUCGAAUCGUUCCAGGAUAACGAGGAAAGCGUCUUCUUUACUGCAAAGCUUGAUGUGGCGGACGAUGUCCUUUUCGUGACCACCCGAGAGGUCCAUGGCGUCAGGAUUGUGAUUUGGAAUUGGAAGAUGGGAUUCCUAAUCUACGAUUCUCUAGAUCGAUUAUCGUCGGCCAUUGACGAGCUCAAUGUCGUACAGCGAGACGUCUUUAUCCUCACAUCGCGGGCAGGUUCAGGGAAGAUCCUCAUAUACCAAAUUUCCCCUACUGUUGCCUGCAUCCCCAUUCUUAUCACGACACUCUCCUUGCCAAAGACGAGCGGGGAGGAGACACUCCUUUUCCGGGUGGAUUCUGGCCAGUAUCAAAACCGCGCAACCCCUGGUGCGCUUUUCUUGCCCAAUCCCACCUGCCGCACGUACGUCUUCUCUAUAAGCCACUCUUCGUCGUCGGAGGGAUGGAUGCUCUUCGUUCAGAGCAAGACUUUUUUGCGGUUUGUUCAUUGCCAGGAAGACAAUUUGGAAGUGCCAUGGAGCGAGUGGGGCGAACAAGAGAGCCGUUUCAUAGAGAAAAGAAUUCGGGGAAACUGGCGCCGGAAUGUGCAUGGAAACCGAGUCAUCCGUAUGCGCAAGGAUCCUGAAAGCACCUGGAUCGACGUCUUCGACCUUUCCUCAUCACCGUCUCUGGCCAGUUGCUCGGCUUCAGGGUUGCUCUCACAGCAGCAACACUUCGGGAGCGACAAUCCUACCAUCAUUGCGAAGGGGGACAUUUUCGAGGAAGACGUCGUAACUCGUCUGCCAUACCACGUCGCAUCCCGUGAGCUUAGAGGGCAAAUGCCAUUCGCUUGCAUGAUUGAUGAAGAACGGGUUGUUGCGAUGGAGUUCAUGGGUAAUAUGCUUGAGCUGAUGGUACACCCGUUUUGA